AUGAAAUAUUCAAAAAUACCUUUGAUCUCUUCGCCUAUUUAUUUAAAGAAUAAUUUAACUUCCACAGAGUAAUAUAUGGCUUUUUUAUCCUAUAAUUCAGAUAAACUUAAAUUGAAUGUCGUAAAUAAAAAAAAUAAGUAAUAUUCUUAUUCAAUUUAGAGAAGUUCGUGUAAUAGCAAUAGAGGAUCAAUCUGCUCCUACUUCAAUUCAAUAUAUGGCAGAUUAAACCUUGAUUGUUACAACAAUGAAUGGAUAUUACUUAUAUUCAGAAAAUGGUUAAUAAUAACAUCAUAAAUUAAGAAAUCAAUUGGGAGAUAUUUCGUAAUAUUUUAUAAGUGCUACUUUGGUGAUUCCAGAAAAUUAGAAACCUUUUUAUGCUAUUGGAUUUGAAAAUAAAAUAAUAUUCAUUGAUUAGAAAACACCAAAAUAAGAAUUUUUUGGAAUAAAUCUAAAAAAUAUUCAACCAACAUGUUUGGCUAAUUAUUAUUAGUAUUUAAUUUUUGGUGAUACAAAAGGUUAAUCUAUUUUUUUGAAAUAUAGGAUAUAUACAUUAAAAUAAAUGUUUGACAAAUUCAUAAGUAACAGAGACAAAAUCUUUAAAUUUAAAAACUAAAGACACAGCAAUUUUAUCGUUGUAGGUAAUGGAGAAGAAGGAUUAAGAGCCAAAGUAAUUAAUAAUAGUUUCUGAUUUCAUUGGCAGAUUAUCUAUUGUAGAUCUUAUAAAAUGGGAAAUACUGUCAAUAAUAAAUUCUCACAUUAAGCCCAUUACUGCUUUAGCUAUAAACUAAUAACUGUAUAAGAUUUUAUAAAUUUUAUUAGUGAAUAUUUUUUAUCUGGUUCAGAAGAUACUUUUAUUAACAUUUGGAAAUUGAACUAAAAUUUAUAACCUCAAUUAGUUUAGUCCCAUCAUUUGGAUGAUAGCAUAAUUGUUGGAAUUACGAAUGACAUUUUUAUUGCUGCCUAUGACCAACAUGAAUUAAUUUAUAUAGAAAAUAAUUGA